AGAUUAAAAAUUCAGACGUUCGUGUAAAAUGGCAAACUAAAGGCAACCAAAACCCUUGUUAACCCCCCCGUCUCCCCAUAGGCCAUAUCAAUGGAGGAAGAAGCUAACUACUGAAUACUGAUUAACAAAGGAGAGAGAAAAGGAGGGCUUAGUCACUAUGUUCGCCACCAGAAAUCUCCAUAGACAAUUUAUCAAAACCCUAACUUCUCUUCUCAAUCACAACCACCAUUCUCUUCCAAGAAAUCCGAUUCCUAUUUCAAACGCUGAAAUUCAUCAAAAUGCUUCAUCACUUCUCAACAUUUCUUCCCCUAAUUCUUCAUCUUCUUUGCGCAAUCUUGAUUUGGGGUUCUAUGGUUUCCGCCGCUGGAUGUCAACGGCGAAGGGGCGGAGUAUGAGGAGCAAAGUGGAGCGAAGGAUGCAAAGAGAAGCUGGUAAAACUCAAAGACAGAUUCGUCAAGCUAAGAAGAUUAAGCUUAAGCUUAUGACUGAGGAAGAACGCCUUAUUUACAGUCUUCGAAGGGCUAAGAAGAAAGUUGCAUUGCUUCUGCAAAAGCUCAAGAAAUACGAGUUGCCUGAGUUGCCUCCACCUAGGCAUGAUCCUGAGCUGCUGACAUCCGAGCAGCUCCAGGCUUUUAAGAAGAUUGGCUUUAGAAAUAAAAACUAUUGUGAGGUUGGUGUUCGUGGAGUCUUUGGAGGAGUUGUCCAGAAUAUGCAUCUUCACUGGAAGUUCCAUGAGACAGUGCAAGUUUGUUGUGAUAACUUUCCUAAGGAAAGGAUCAAGGAGAUGGCAACAAUGCUUGCAAGGCUAAGUGGUGGGAUUGUGGUUAAUGUACACAAUGUGAAAACAAUUAUUAUGUUCCGUGGUAGAAACUACAGGCAACCAAAAAAUUUGAUACCUGUUAACACCCUUACGAAGAGGAAGGCUCUUUUCAAGGCAAGAUUUGAGCAAGCACUUGAAUCUCAGAAACUCAAUAUUAAGAAAACUGAACAGCAGCUUCGGAAAAAGGGAAUAAGCCCAGAUGAUCCUGUUGCCAUGGCGAGCAUCCAGAGGGUUGCAUCAACAUUCUUUAACGCGAUUGAUAAGAAGGAAGGGAGCCCUUAUGUCUUCCGUGAGGCUGGAGAAUCUGUGAAGGAGCCUCAGAAAACCUCAGAACAACAUGAUCCUGCUGAGGAUAGUGAUCAAGAAGAGCUUGACAAAUUCAUAGCGGAGAUUGAGGAUGCUGUUGAUAAGGAAUGGGCCGAGGAGGAGGCUGCAGAAAGGGAAGAGUUUGGAAAAAUUAGAUACCGCAACAAGGAAGACUAUGGUGGAAGAUUCGUAAAUAAUUUCUCUGAUAAUGGAAAUAGAGGUCGAGGUAGGGAUACACAUCGAAGGCAAAGAAUGGAAGACAGUGAAGAUGAAGAUUAUGUUUCUGCACCUAUUGAUGAGGAUAACGCGAGCGAUGAUGAAAGGCACACUUCUGAUUCUGAUGAUGAUAAAGUUAAACGCCCACCAUCCAGAGUUGAAAGAUCGAGAGGAUCACAUGGAAACCAAAGCUUCAAGAAAACCGAUAACAGAGUUAAAGAAAAGUUGUUUGAAGAGGAAUCUGAGUCAGAAAAUAUGUUUGAGGAAAUAGAUGACGUAAUGUGUGAAUCUGAUAACGAUAAUGAAGGAGGACAUAUACCAAGGACUGCCAGAAAUGAAUAUGGAUCAGAUAGGCGGGGAGAGAGGAGCAAUAGGGUAAAUGAUGAUACAGGUUAUCCUGAAAAUGAGAGUGAUGAUUCUGAUGAUGGUGACAGAAAUUCCAGGUUUAGAGAUAGAACCAGAAAUGAGGACAAAAGAGGCAGGGCUGAUACUAUGGGCAGAAAAUGGGGGAAAGAAAGUUGUGAUAUUGAUGAAGAAUUUAUUGAUUCUGAAAUCACCAUGUAUGAGACAGAUGAUGAAGAGCUGGAAUCCAGUGCUCUGAGAGGAGCCGAUGAGGACUACAGUGGGCUGCCACAUCAUCGUGCAAAGGAGGAGGAUAGCAAAAUUCCUAGGGAAAUUCAAGGGCCUCGAAAACAGAACGAUGGUGAAAUCUUGGACAGUGAUUGAGCCCAGUAAAUUUGAUAGCAUGAAUCACAGCAAUCCUGGAGAAAAUUUGCAAUACAAUUCGAGAAAGCAUGCAACUUUCUAAACAACUCAACUGUCUCAUGCACUGAAGAUGGAAGUAGUGCGAGUGAAAAGUCACAUUCUUGGCAUGAUCACGAAGUACAAGUUACAACAUUUAUUCAAGAACCGGGUUACCUUACAAAUGGACUUCUUUUCAUGUUAGUGUCAGGUAAGUUUUUGGACGUAAACUUGAUUAUAAGAUCAAUUUUACAUGUACCAUUAGUGACUGUGGGAGGAAAUUCACACUGCGCCCUCUUUUUUUCUUUGUAGUUGACCUUCUGUUCAUAAUUUUGCUUGAAGGUUAAUUUAAGGUAAUGGUGAUGUUUUAUUUGCCACA